AUGCAUCCAACCUGGUCACCACCAAACGACUACCAAAACCGCCCAGUCGCGGUUUUAGGUGCCGGAGUCCUUGGAAGAAGAAUCGGCUGCAUCUGGGCAUCCGCCGGCUACAACGUCCACCUGCGCGACCCCAGCCCCGAGCAGCUUACCGCUGGCAUCACCUACAUCGACCAAGAAGUCUCAGCCUACGCGAGCAAGACCGGCCGGUCACCAGGCAAAGCGCAGCCUUUCACAUCUCUCGAAGAUGCCGUCGAGACAGCCUGGCUGGUGAUCGAGGCCGUGCCCGAGAAACUCCCGCUCAAGAUUUCGACCUUUGCUGAGCUAUCGGUCUGCGCGCCGGCGGACUGCAUUCUUGCUUCUAAUUCCUCAUCGUAUAAGUCGUCGGAGAUGCUGCAUAAAGUCCCUGAGGAAGUGAAGCCGCGGAUCUUGAAUAUGCACUACUAUAUGCCGCCGAAGUGCAUGAUCGUUGAACUGAUGACGGACGGGUUCACCAGCGAGGAUAUUUUCCCGUUUAUGGUUGAGAGGUGUCGUGAGGGUGCAACAUCGCCGUAUGUUGCAAGGAAGGAAUCGACGGGAUUCAUCUUCAAUCGUCUUUGGGCGGCCGUGAAGCGCGAAGUGCUAACCAUCCUGUCCGAGGGGGUAUCUGUACCCGAAGAGAUUGACGCCAUGUGGGAAACCAUGUUUAUUGAGGGGCGUAGCAUGCCCUGUAAGAUGAUGGACCAGGUCGGUCUCGACACCGUCGCCUUCAUUGAACAACACUACGUUCACGAACGCGGCCUGUCCUCCGAAAAGACAGUCGACUACCUAACAAAAGAUUACAUCGACCAGGGCAAACUGGGAAAUAAAUCCACCAAAGGCGGAUUAUACCCUCCAACCCAACCAGAAACCAACGAGCACCGUAUUCUAGCCUUAGAUGUCGGACUUGCCGCACCAACAGCCACCACAUCUGCCGGAACCCCAGUUGGCCAGAUCCUCUCUUUCACGCCAGAUGGAAAACAACAUUCUGUACUAGUUGAUCAGCAGCUUCUCCCAGAUGGAAUCGCGGUGGAUCACGCCACAAACCGCGUUUUCUGGACAAACAUGGGUAUUCCGGGACGAUUAGAUGGGUCAGUCUGCUCUGCCUCGCUGGAUGGGAGCGACAUACGUACAAUUGUCAAGCCCGGUACGAUAAACACGCCAAAGCAACUCACCAUCGACAGAGAAGGCCGCAAAUUGUACUUUUCUGACCGAGAGGGGUGCGCGGUGUAUCGGUGCAGCCUUGACGGGUCAGAGCUCGAGAGUAUAGUCUCACGACCACAAGGGACGGACGGCCCAUCGGAUGUGCAGGACUGGUGCGUUGGUAUUGCCGUCUCAAGACAGUAUAACAGAUUCUACUGGACGCAAAAGGGGGCACCGAAGAGCGGGAAGGGCAGGAUCUUCAGCGCGCCUAUCGAUGCGCCGCCUGGGGUCCUGGAGAAGGAGAGUUAUGAUAGCGAACUGUGUAUCUUGAGCGGACUCCCUGAGCCGAUUGAUCUGGAGGUUGAUGAAGAAAGGCGCGAGUUGUACUGGACGGACCGGGGAGAGCUGCCUUUGGGCAACGCGCUGUACCGAGUCAAGCUGAACGACGAAGGUAGGCCAGCUGGAAAGCCUGAUAUUGUCACCCGCGGCCUUCAUGAGGCGAUCGGAUUGAGUAUUGAGAAGUCUGGCGAUAUUGUUUUAACGGAUUUGGGUGGGGGUAUCUAUCGCUGUGAUCGGAAUGGGAAGAAAGAGGUUUUGUACAGCGAGGAUGGACGGGCUUUUACUGGAGUUCUGAGCAUUUAA